AGAAAAUGACGUUGUGAUCAAUUGUCUCCAUUGCCCAUUGGAGCAAAUGACAAAUUAGAAGAAGGGUAUGGCUUGAAAGUCGCUUACAUUUCUGUUCUUUCUUUCCUGCAUAGAGAGAAGUCCCAUACAGCACAACCAUGGCAUCGGUUGAUCUCCUUCAUUGUCUGAUCCUCACCGUAUUUCUGGCCUUUUCCUUUGCUGUAUCUGUCCAAACUUCUGACAUAGUCCCUUUCCAAUGCUCUGCUGCAACACUCGCGAGGUGUAAUGCCUCACUAUACCACAUCAACAGCGGUUUUCAGAAAGAAGAAAUCGCCUCUUUUUACUCUGUCGAUCCAUCUCAAGUCAAUCCUAUAAAGUAUCACAAUAAAGACGAUCAUCUCAUAAGUGUACCUUGUUCUUGCAAAAGCAUAUUCAACACUACUGGAUAUUUCUAUGAUACAAUCUACAAAGUGAAACCGUCAGACACAUUUGAUGACGUUUCGAAUAAUAUCUACAGUGGGCAAGUUUUAUCUGUCAUAGAAGAACAAAAGCACAACUUUACAAUAGGAGCUGAUUUUCCCAUUCAUCUUCCUUGUGGGUGUGUAGAUAGUGAUUCUCAGAUUGUGGUAACAUACACAGUUCAGGACAAAGAUACACUGACAGAUAUUGCCACUCUGCUGUCUGCCAAGAUAGAAAACAUAGAAAGCAUGAACAAGAAUCAGGUUGAGAACCCGUCAUACAUAGAACCCGGUUGGGUGUUGUUUGUGCCCUCGGAAAAGAAUGGACUUAAAAAGCCAGGAAGCAGACACAAGUGGGCAAUAUUGGUUAUUGGCAUACUAUCAGCUGUGACAUUGCUUUCACUAAGCACAUUCAUCCUCCUGCUAUUUAGGAGAAAAGCUGCAGCCAAAGAAAAUAUGGAAGCUCCAAAAGUUGUAUCCAAAACUUUGUCUGCCAAUAAAUCUUUUUCGUUGCAUAAUCAGUUACUUCAUCAGCAAUACAUGGAAGAUGCAACAGUUUUUGAAUCAGACGGACCGGUAGUAUUUUCUCUCAAGGAGAUAGAAGAGGCUACCGGUUAUUUUGAUGAAAGUAAGAUCAUUGGAGAGGGUGGAUAUGGUAAAGUAUACUUCGGAGUACUAGGGGAAAAGGAGGUCGCCAUAAAGAAGAUGAGAUCUAAUAAGUGCAAAGAAUUCUUUGCAGAGCUAAAGGUCUUAUGCAAGAUCCAUCACAUUAAUGUGGUGGAGCUUUUAGGGUACGCCAGUGGCCAGGACCACCUCUACCUGGUCUAUGAGUAUAUUCAGAAUGGAUCAUUGAGCGAACAUCUUCAUGAUCCAUUGCUUAAAGGUCAUCAGCCUCUCUCCUGGACUGCAAGAACACAAAUUGCACUGGAUACUGCAAAAGGUAUUGAAUACAUUCAUGACCACACAAAAGCUCGAUAUGUGCACCGUGAUAUAAAGACAAGUAACAUUCUACUUGAUGAGGGUCUCAGAGCAAAGGUAGCAGAUUUUGGUUUGGCAAAGCUUGUUGGAAGAACCAAUGAAGAAGAUAUUAUAGCCACAAGACUCGUUGGAACACCGGGCUAUCUCCCCCCAGAAUCUGUGCAGGAGCUCCAGGUGACUCACAAGACUGAUGUAUUUGCAUUUGGAGUGGUACUUGGAGAACUGAUUACAGGGCAACUUGCACUGUUCCGUGACAACCGGGAGCCUGCAAAGAUGAAAUCUUUGAUUACAGUAAUAAAAAAGGUGUUCCAAGAUGGUGAACCAGAAUUAGCUUUGGAGGCUGUCACAGACCCUAGUCUCCAGGGCAACUAUCCUAUAGAAGAGAUAUUCAAGAUGGCAGAAAUAUCAGAGUGGUGUUUGAGUGAAGAAGCAGUGGGAAGGCCAGAGAUGAGAGAGAUUGUUGUGCUGCUCUCACAAAUUGUGACAACCUCUACUGAGUGGGAAGCAUCACUUGGCGGUAACAGUCAAGUUUUCAGUGGCUUGUUUGAUGGAAGAUGAUGAUCAAAAGCAGGCAGCUCUUUUCUUCACUAGUGUAAUUGGUUACAUAUAGUACAUAGAUUUAUUGGAGUUUGCAGUGAAUUGCUAGAUUGGUCAGCACUUUUUGUUUAUGGUGGGAUGUUGUGUUGUAGCUUAUCUAGCUUGUGACACUAGUAGUGAUCUAAUUAAUUUGAUCGAAAAUAAUAAGAAUGUUAUAAUGUUAAAAUUGAAUAAUAAGAAUAAGAGCUUAUCGAGUG